UACCUCUGUUUCUUGCUCUCGCUCCUUUGUUCUCCUCCCUCUUACCAACGAGAUAUUUCAACGAGAUCUCAGGGAGCAAGCGAGCAAAUACUUCAACACAGAGAAAGAGAAAGAGAGUGUGUGUGGUCGGACGGAGGGAGGGAGGUGGGAAGGGAGAUGGGUUCAUGGAUGAAAGCGGAGGAAGCAAGAGCUUUCAAAUGCCUCCUUGCGCUCGCGCUCAUGUACGCGAUCAUGGCGUUCGCGGCGUACACUGUCGUGCACAUGAGCUACGUCCGCCCACUUCCGGAAGACGCAUCUCCCGCGCGGUUCUCUGAGGGCAGGGUGCUUAGUCAUCUCCGCCGCCUCACCGUUGACAUAGAUGGUCGCCAGGAGGGGAGGCCGGGGUUGGAGGAGGCGGCGCAGUACAUUAAAGGAGAGCUGGAAGCUAUCAAGAAUCGGUCUGGGCCGGAGUACAGGGUUGAGGUUGAUGAGGCAUUGGUUAGUGGUUCCUUCAACAUGAUAUUUUUGCGUCACAGCAUUUCUCUUGCAUACAGAGGCCAUAAGAACAUUCUUUUGAGGAUUGCUUCAAAUUCUUCAAAUGAUGAUGAUCCAUCUGUUCUGUUGAAUGGUCACUUUGACAGUCCAGUUGGAUCUACAGGUGCAGGAGAUUGUGGUUCUUGUGUUGCUUCUAUGCUUGAGUUAGCAAGACUCGUGGUUGACUCAAAUUGGAUUCCACCCAAACCAAUAAUCUUUCUUUUUAAUGGCGCAGAAGAACUGUUCCUUUUGGGGUCUCAUGGAUUUGUGAAGACGCAUAAAUGGAGAGAUACAGUUGGGGCUUUUAUUAAUUUAGAGGCAUCUGGGACUGGUGGUCUUGAUUUAGUUUGCCAAUCUGGACCUGGCUCUUGGCCUGCAUCUAUCUAUGUCCAGGCUGCAAAGUAUCCCAUGGCAAACAGUGUGGCACAGGAUGUGUUUGGUGUAAUACCUGGAGAUACUGAUUUCAGAAUUCUUGCUGAAGAUUAUAGCAAUAUUCCAGGACUUGACAUCAUCUUUGUCCUGGGCGGUUAUUACUAUCAUACAUCUUAUGAUACAAUAGAAAGAUUAUUACCUGGAAGCAUCCAAGCACGUGGUGAGAAUAUAAUCCGCUUGCUUGAUGCAUUUGCAAGUUCUGCGAAGCUGCUCGAUGCUAAACAGAGAAAGCUGGAAGAUUUUGCGACAAAGAACAGUGAUGAUCGUGCUGUAUACUUUGACUACCUGUCUCUCUUUAUGAUUUUUUACUCGAGAAAGACAGCACUUUUACUUCACAAUCUUCCGGCGGUGAUAUUCCUCUUCAUGCCACUGUUGCUUCAGUACCCAAAUAUUACAUUACACUCUUGGUUGGCAGCCUUUUUUGCCUUGAUAAAGGGAAUGCUGAUUCAUGCUACUUCUAUCAUCCUCGCGAUAAUUCUUCCAGUUGUGUUUUCAGUAUUAAGAUUGCUCCUGUCAAGCCAUGCAAUGAGCUGGUUUGCGCGCCCAUACUUGGCAUUCCUUACGUUUAUCCCCAGCGCUCUAAUGGGUUUGUUUAUUCCAAGAGUUAUAUGGAGAUCACUUCCAGUCUCUCAAAAAGCCGCCUCUGACAAAUUGCCAAUCGAGGUUCUCUCAGAUGAAACAUUUUUUUGGGGAGCAUUUGGGCUAUAUGCUUUCAUGACCGUGCAGGCUUAUCUACAAGCUGGACUUGAAGGAGGAUACUUGACAUAUGUGUUGUCUUCUUCUAUGCUUAUUUCAUGGUUCUUUUUCCGUCUAACAAAAAAGCAUUUUGGAGAUCAAUCAUUCAAAUCAUUGGCUGGGUAUGUUAUCCCUUCAAUCCCAUGUGUCACAUAUAGUGUCUACUUUGGCGGUUUUUUUGUCCAAUUCGUAAUUGAGAAGAUGGGAAUGAUGGGUUCUCUUCCGCCACCAUUUGGAUUUUUUGUACCUGAUGCUAUAGUGGCAGCCAUUGUUGGUGUUGUCACCGGCUGGUGCAUGGGUCCUAUUUUGCCUCUUAUCAGUCGUUGGUUGGCCAGGCCAUUGAUUUUACGAUGCUUGUUGCAACUGAGUGUGCUGGGUUUAGCCAUUUCAUCCCAGUUCUUUCCGUACAGUACGGCUGCACCAAAAAGGGUUGUGCUUCAGCAUACGGUUAGACAUGCAGAUGCAAAUAAGAUUGUGGACUCCAGCUUUGAAUUUUCUGUUGUGGAUGCCAAUUCGUUAACUUUCCUUUUCAAGAAUUCACCAGAAGCCGCAAAAAUUCUAAACAUUGGUUCAGAUUUUUCCUUUAAAGCAGAUCAUCAUUCCACAAAAUGCUCGUGGGUGGCACUAUUCCCAGUAGCAUUUUUAUUCUCAGGAAGCUUGAAGUUUCCUGCUCCUCGUGAUGAUGUCUAUGAACAAUACAAUUACUUACCUUAUUUGUCAGUUGAUGAAUCUGCUUCACUGUCGACAACUCGAUCUCGAAGAGUACACCUUGAUUUAAACUUAGGCUCAUUAAAAGAGGUAUGGGUGACAGUGCUUAACAUUACUGGUCCUUUGUCAAAUUGGUCCUUUGCUGACAACAAGCUUCCCGCUCCUGAAUCAAUGGACAGUGGACCGCCAUCCUAUAUAUGCAGACUUAGUGGACGCAGUCAUGAAAAAUGGACAUUUUGGUUGGAGGCUAAUAGUUCUGAAGCAUUGAGGGUUGAUCUUGCAGUGCUUGACCAGCAUAUAUUUAAUGACACAAGGAAAUUGAAGGGCCUUUUUCCUACUUGGGUGGAUACAACUACCUUCUCCUCAUUUUUGUCAACCUAUUAUUUUUGAAAUCUCAUUUUGUUUUCAUUACAAAUUGUUGUCACAAAAUAGUUGAUAUUUAAGUAAUGUACAUUAGUUGAAAGAAAUAAACGAGCUUUUAAUAUUUUGAGGGGACUGAAUUUUUUUGGUCUAUUCCCCCAAGUUUUAUGCUUUGUUUCACCCAAAGGAAUGAACGGCAUGUACUAAUACUAAUUUUGUUCAUCAAGCAAUUCAUGGAGCCGUUGCAGGAAA